AGCCCGGCUCCACACUUCUUCCCUUCAGCCCGCGUGCUGAUUGAGUUCGGACCCAACUUUGCUAUCUGGGCGUUUUUUCAACUUUCAGCCUCUGUUUUAACUCUCUGUCAGCUCGGGGUGAAGCCGAUAGAAAAGUCGUUCAGUAAACAGGAAGUUACCGUUUUAUACCUGUGGGAAUUUAGCUUUGACUCAAUUUUCUGCGCGGUAAUUCGGCCACAUUUCUCACCCUGUCUCUGUCUCUUAGCCUCCUGUUCAUCUGCUAGACAGACUGCUAACGUGGUGGAGUCGGUGCUUUUCCGAGUCGUGUUCUUAUUAAACACAGUACAUUUAUUUCUCCAGCUAAUAACAUGUCUGAGGAACUAGAGCAGAUUCUGUCUCAGCUGACCCUCCCUGAUAAUGCCGCUAUUCAAAAGGCCACAUCUCAGCUGAAACAGGCUUUCAAAGACCCGGCUAUAAUCCCAGCAUUAUGUGCAGUUAUGACCAGCUCCACAAAUUCACAGAUCCGGCAGUCAGCUGUGGUGAUGUUGAGAAUGAGAGUCAAAAAGCACUGGAAGAAAAUUUCCCCUGAUCACAGAGAGAGUCUGAAGCAAGUGGUCUUGCAGGCUUUCCAGCAAGAAACAGAGCACACAGUUCGCUACUCUCUGUCUCAGCUCAGCGCAGUGAUGGUGAAACACGAAACACCUGACCGCUGGCCUGCGCUGUUCAGACUGCUGACAGAAUCCACCAGCAGCAACAAUCCUCAGGACAGGCAGGUGGGUCUGCUGUUGCUGAGCAAAGUUGUAGAGUCCAACCCUGAGCCCUUCAAGCCCCACUAUAAGCAGCUGCUGCAGUUGUUUAACAGUGUGCUCCAGGACGUAACCAACACCACCGCCUUGUACUAUUGCAUUCUCACCCUCACUGCCAUCACUGCUUACACUGGCACAGAGGAGAUGAACCUGAUGCGAUCGUUAAUCCCGAAACUGUUAAUAGCUCUAAAACACCUCAUUCAGGCUGACCAGGGUCAGGCCAGUGAGGCUAUGGAGGUGUUUGAUGAGUUGAUGGAGAGUGAGGUGUCUAUUGUGGUGCCACACAUUACUGAAAUUGUUCGCUUCUGUUUGGAGGUGAGCGCAGAUGUUUCACUCAACAAUUCUCUGCGUGUCAAGGCCCUGUCCUGUAUUGCCCUCCUCAUUAGACUCAAGAGCAAGGCCGUGUUAAAGCAGAAGCUCUUGGCACCUAUCUUGCAAGUGGUGUUUCCUAUCUUGAGUGCAACACCUCCACCUGGAGAGGAAGACCCAGAGGAUAAGGAGAAUGCUGAAGGUGAUACUGACAGUGAGAGUCCCAAACACUUUGCUGCUCAGGUGAUCGACACCAUGGCUCUUCAUAUGCCACCUGAAAAACUUUUCAACCAAGUGAUGCCCCUGACUCAGGCAUGCCUAGCGAGCGAGAAUGCUUAUGAGAGAAAAGGAGGUCUCAUGUGCCUAGCAGUGCUCGCUGAGGGAUGUGCUGAUCACAUUCGCACUAAGUUGUUGUCGUCCAUGCUGGAGACAGUGUGCCGCAGUCUGUCCGACAGUAACCAGGUGGUGCGCAGCGCAGGCCUGUUUGCUCUGGGUCAGUUCUCCGAGUACCUGCAGCCUGAAGUCAGUAAAUAUCACGCAGAGCUGAUGCCACUGUUACUAGGAUACCUGUCUUCUCUAAAUGAGGCCCGAAUUGGCCAUGUCACCAAGGCUUUCUAUGCCCUGGAGAACUUCAUAGAGAACCUCGAUGAUGAUAUUCAGUCCUACUUGCCCAUGCUUAUGGAGACCAUGCUGUCAGCCCUGAACAACACGGUCAACCUGAAGCUUAAGGAGCUUGCUGUCAGUGCUAUCGGAGCCAUCGCUAAUGCUGCCAAAGAGAUGCUGGUGCCCUAUUUCCCUCCUGUAAUAGAGAGCUUGAAGGGCUUCCUGACAGACAUGCAAGAUGAAAUGAGAUCACUGCAAAACCAGGCCUUAGAUACACUGUCUGUGUUGGCCCGCACCGUGGGUAAGGACGUCUUUGGUCCAUUGGCUGCAGAGUGUGUGCAGCUGGGUCUGAAACUUACUGAUGCUGUGGAUGAUCCAGACCUGCGCCGCUGCACGUAUAGCCUCUUCUCAGCGGUGUCCACAAUCAGUCCAGAAAGUGUUGAUCCUCAUCUUUCUGCAAUCACCACAUUGAUGCUCUUGUCUCUAAAAUCUACCGAGGGUGUUACGACUCAUCUAGAGGAGGACAAGCAGUUUGUUCUCUUGGAUGAAGAUGAUGAAGAUGAAGGUGACGUCAUAUUGGAGGAAGAUGGAGAGAAUGAGGUGGAGGAUGUUGCUGGCUUCAGCGUGGAAAAUGCUUACAUUGAUGAGAAGGAGGAUGCUUGUGAUGCCCUGGGGGAAAUUGCCUUUAACACUGGGGCUGCAUUCCAGCCCUUCCUGGAGUCAAGCUUUGAGCAGGUCUAUGGGCUCUGUGAUUUUCCACAUGAGAAUGUGAGGAGAGCAGCCUUUGGUGCCCUGGGGCAGUUCUGUCGAGCUCAGCAUAAAGUGUGGCAGGAAAACCCAACUGAGGCAAAUCGUCAGGCACUACAUAAACUGCUUGAUGUGGUGAUGCCCUGCUUUCUGGCAGCAGUGAAGCAGGAUCGUGAGAGACAAGUAGUCAUGGGAGUUUUGGAGGCCAUGAACAGCGUCAUCAAAUCAUGCAAAGGGGAGGCUUUGCAGACUCCGCAGAGACUGGCUGAGGUCAGCCAUGCCAUCCGAGACGUGCUGAAGAAGAAGACCGUUUGUCAGGAUGGAGGAGGAGAUGAGGGAGACGAUGAAGAACAGCAGGCCGAGUAUGAUGCCAUGCUGCAGGAGUUUGCUGGGGAGGGAAUUCCUGUACUGGCUGCAGCUGUACCAGCAGACACCUUUUACUCUCACCUCAAUGAUCUGCUGCCCCUGAUUAUGAACAAAGCCAAGUCUUCCUGCACUGUGGCUGACCGCUCCUUCUCUGUGGGCACACUUAGUGAGACACUGCACUCUCUGGUUGGUGUGUCUGGAGGCAGAGCUGUCGCGGGAAAGUUGUCCAAUCGGCUCCUGCCGGUGCUGGUGGGGGGUGUUAAAGACAGUGAUGCAGAGGUGCGCAAUAACAGUGUGUUCGGUUUGGGAGCCCUAGCACAGGCUGCUGGACCAAUCAUCUCCUCUGAUUACCCAAUGAUGCUGUCUCUCUUUUCUAACCUGCUGGUCAAAGAGUCCGACAGGAGAGUGAUCGAUAAUCUGUGUGCUGCGCUUUGCCGGAUGAUCAUGAGCCACACAGAGGGAGUGCCGCUAGAGCAGGUGCUUCCUGCUCUUCUGGAACGUCUCCCUCUGAAGGAAGACCUGGAGGAAAAUAAGACGGUCUACAGCUGCCUGGCUUUCCUCUAUUCCCAUAACCCAGCACUGGUUGUUAGCCAUCUGAAGCAGAUCUUGUCAGCAACAGCACAAGUAAUAGGAACAAAGGAUAUUGAUGCAGACACCCAGAACACUCUGGUGGUGCUGCUCAGGGACAUCAGCCAACGAUACUCCCAGGAAUUCGAGAGUGCUGCGAUGUCCCUUCCAGCUGAGCAAAGAACGAAGAUGACCGCUUCUGUUGCUCAAUCCUAGUCAAAGAAUCCACUCAAUAUUCAAAUAGGAUUUGUUUUGUGGUACAGCUUACAUUAAACCAUCAAGUAGUCACUUCUAUACACUUCAGCACUUCCAUUUACUAAAUUGUUUUGCAGUGUUAUUAUUUAUUUUUUUUCUUGUUUGUAAAAAUGUGAUAUUUCUUUUAGCUCUUAUUGUGGCUUGAUCUGCAUCCAUCAUAGAGGCUUAGUAUUUUUCUGUAAAGGGUCACAUUGCAUAUCAUCACUACUGCAACUUAAGAUGGUUAAAUAAAGAAAAAAAUAUAUUUAUGAAAGCAUUCAAAUGUAUAAUAGAUCUCUUGCUGAGAUCAUCAUUGUCACAAAGCAUGGGAAGUUUAUAUUCCUGCAUUAUCACCGUGUGCACUGGAGCACUUCAGUAAAAGCCACUACUAUAGUUUUCUAUACAAAGAAAAAAUCAGGUGUUUAGUCUUUAAAAUACAUUUAUCCUGAAGUAAUCAUAAUCUUUCAUAUCUUUCCAUGCAGUUAUUAGUGGUCAAGUGUAACCACGUUCUGGGGAAUGUAUAAGGAUUUUACACGUAAACAAGAAUGUAAUAAAAUCCCUGGAAUAUGAGCAUCGUUGUAUUUACCCAGUGGUGCAGUAAGCAGCAUGAUCCAGACAAUAGCAUAGACUGAAUGAAUCUAAAAAGCAGGUGAAAUAACAGUGUAAUGUUGAUGUGUUAUGACGUGACAUUUGAUAUUUGUCUCUGUUCAUUCCAAUGCACUCUGCUCUUCUGACUUUGUGGUGUGAGAUUGUGAAUCCAAAGCCAGGGUCAUUUCAACCGGCUCAUUGUCAUCUGCCAAAUAAAAAAAGUUUACAUCUGGUUAUGAAUAAAACUGCACAACCACACUGAGAAA